UUGGAGAUCGAGUGGUUCGUUUAGUUUUUUUUUUUUUUUUCUCUUUUUUCUCUUUUUCACACCAUAUUCAGGUUGCCGACAAAACGCCAUAUCGCGUUACAUUUCCAACGUUCUUUCUUUCGUUUCUUGUUUUUCUUCGCCUUAUCUUUAUUAGCAGAAAGACCAGCGCCACGGUACGUUGGUACGACUAUAAAAGACUUUAGACUUUAGAUCAUCGAAAGAAUAAUGUUCAGUUCCUCAACGGAUUAGCUAUCGCGUUGACUGUCGCCUCGUGCAUCUCACGAUCAGAAUUUGACGCGGUCCCGAUAUACCGUCCGGAUAACGAAAGAGAAUUGCAAAGAAUGGCAGAUACACCGACCGUAUUCCGUUUUACUAACAACAACGAUCACUUGAAUUUCAAUCAGCGCUUAUUCUACGAGAAAAAUGGAUUUUUAAUCAUUCCCGAUCUUAUACCGCAACGUAUAUUGGACAGGUGUUCGAAGAGAUACGACGACAUCAUUUCCCGAAAUAUCGAUCCAGGACUCAUCACGAUUAUGCAGGACGUAGUCGAUAGGAAAUUGGUCAAUAAGAUACAAAACAUUAAUCACGAUCAAGUAUUUGAAGAAUAUUUCGAAUAUGACAAGUUGUUGGAUAUCGUCGAGUGUUUCACGGGCCCUAAUAUAAUGGCCAUGCAUAGCAUGUUAAUAGCGAAACCGCCGGACGCAGGAUACGGUUCGAGCUCACAUCCACCGCAUCAGGACCUUUAUUAUUUCCCUUUUCGGCCGGCCGACAAGGUCGUAGCAACUUGGACCGCAAUAGAGCCGUGUAAUCGUUCGAACGGUUGCCUUUACGUUAUUCCCGGAACUCAUGCACUCGAUAAACUCUACGAGCACGAUUAUCUUCCUGGCUCGAAACCGAAUACAGUAAACAAGUUUUAUUACGGUAUUUUGGAUUUACCACCGAUGGACGAGAGAUCCUAUAUCGCAAUGAAACCCGGCGAUACAAUCUUCUUCCAUCCUUUGCUGAUACACGGAUCCGGCAUUAAUCUAUCCAACGGAUCGAGAAAGGCCAUUUCUUGCCAUUACGCCUCCUCCGACUGUUAUUACAUCCAGGCUAAAACUCCAUUGGAAAAGCAAAAACAAAAUGACAUGCUGACGAUUUUCAAAAAACGAUUCCCUAAUUCGAAUAUAACGUAUGAGGAUAUUUGGAAACUCAAAUCCAAGCUCGUGCGCGGCGCUCGAUCCUCGUUGUAGACUUCUCUCUCGUUCACAUUUGCGCGUUUUCAAAGAUGACAACAGGAAAGGAAAUUUGUCCUGUCGAGGGUAAUUGAUUGCACGACAGAAGAAGAUGUAACGACAACACCGUCGUUGUCGCGAUUAUUAUUCAGUGACUUGAUAUCACGACGAUGUCGUUGAUGAUUA